AUGGCGCCAGUCAAGGACACGAGCAGCGUUCAUACGACGAUCAAGGAUAUUAUACAACAUCUUUCCGAGAUUCAGAUGCAGACACACGGUUAUCUUCCGGAAACUCAGGAUCUUUUGGUCGACAAAAUGACUGAUCUGGCGGAAUCUCUCUCACGCCUUCAAACUCUGACAUCCGUCACGGCAUCCCCGAACAAUUACAUCCACCAUGUCCAGAUCGCUCCAGAGAUUGUUGAUUACGUGGACGACGGGCGGAAUCCCGAUAUCUUUACCCGAGAUUUUGUCGAAAAUGUCCAGCGAGGAAAUGCGGUCAUAAAUGGCAAGCAACAAGCGUUCAAGGAGUUUACCGAAAUCUACGCAAAGGCUCUCAAGGAUGGUAUUCCAGGUGUGAGUCGACAGGUUGACCAGGUAAUGAAGAAUGCCGAGUUUGAAAUCAACAAGGAUGACGAAGGACAACAUGGAUCAGGACCUUCAAAUACAAAUGGACCCCAGAAUGGGAGAGAAGGGGCUUGA